AUGAAUUACCAUCAAGAAGUAUUAAAAUAUAGAUUUAGUAAUUAGAAAUAUCAAUUGAUGAGAAUUCUACUCCCAUUCGAUUCAAAUGAACAGGCAGAAAUAAUUCUUGUUGUGAUGAUACAAUAUUUUAUACUAACUAAAGUACCAAAUUUCUUAUAGUUCUUUUACUCUUGUUUAUUGAAGCUAUUCUAUAUCAGAUGAUAUAUGUAAAUUCCAUUGUAACUUUUAGAUGAAGAUAUAAUAUUAUGAAUUAUUUCUAUCACUUUUAUCUAUAUACUUAUAGAUCAUAACUUAUUGUACUGAUCCUGGAAUAAUGCCUAAAAUUGUAAAAUAUCAACAUAUAUGAAGAUAGUUUUAUAAACAUGAAGAUGAUAUAGAGAAGUUGUAAAUACCUUAAUCAACUAAGAAAAAAGACAUCUAACAUAUAAUUGUCAGAUUAGAAACUCAUACAAUAAGAUUAAAAUAUUGUCCAACUUGUAAAAUAUACAGACCUUCGAGACUUUCUCAUUGUGGUUUUUGCAAUAAUUGUGUUUUAAGAUUUGAUCAUCAUUGUAAUUGGAUUGGCACAUGUAUAGGAAAGAGAAAUGUAAGAUCUUUUUUAUUUUUUUUACUCACUCUAAAUACUUAGUUUAUUUUAGAAAUAGUUUAACUUUCUAUUAUCUAAUCAACUAUCUGUAUAUAUAGUCUAGUUAUGAUGGUUGCUUUAGUUUUUAUUACAAUUUUAACUAUUACUUUGUUCUCCUAUCAUACAUUUCUAAUUUGCAAGAAUUAAACUACAAAUGAACACUUAAAGCAAAUUUGGACUUUAGACAGUGGAAAUCCAUAUGAUAAGUAAGCAUAUUUAAUACUUAACUUAGGGGUUCAUUCUUAAAAAAUAUCUCUAAUGUGUUAUUUAGCCAUGUGUCAAAUAAAUUGGUGUAUUUAAACAGAAGAUUGUUUUCUUAGUCCGUCACUAAGUCUAAAGAAGAUAAAUAAUUCUAUUAAGUCGAGUUGCCAACUGUUAACUCAUAGACUGAUUGA